GGACUCGGCUGCUCCCUCUCAGGUCCGUUCGGGCGCUGCGCUCCGGACUCGGAUCCCAGGAUCACGAUGAUGAUGAUGUUGCUCUGAACUGGUCGCGGUUUUUCUCGCUUCUUCUCAGCUCUUCCGCUCGCGCCGCAGGUGAGUCCAACACUUGGACACGUUUUUGGACACUUUGGACACUCUUGAGGUCCGUUUCUCGUGGAUGCCUGCAGGUCGGAGCCUCUCGCAAUGCUGUCCAGCAUCCUCUUGGUGAGCCUGUUGUCCCUGGCGGUCUGCCAGGACGCGGCAAGGGGUCCGCGGCCCUUCCCAACCCCAAGAUGCAGCCGAAAGGCGGAGUGCCCCAUCGACGUGUACUUCGUGAUCGACACGUCCGAGACCAUCGCCCUGCAGGAGCCUCCUCCGGGCAGCCUGGUCGACAGCAUCGUGGAGUUCACCGAGCGCUUCGCUCGCAAACUCGACGAGGUGGACCAUCGGGGACUCGUCCGCAUCACGUGGUCUGUGGGCGGUCUGCACUUCUCCCAGCGCAGCGAAAUCUUCAGCCAGAUCUCCAGCAGAGACAACUUCAUCGGUGGCUUGAAGGGCAUCCGCUACCUGGGCAGGGGCACCUACAUCGACUGCGCCAUCUCCAACAUGACGCAGCAGAUGAUCCGCUACGCGCCCACAGAAAGGAGCGUGCGCUUCUCCGUGGUCAUCACCGACGGGCACGUGACCGGGAACCCCUGCGGGGGGAUCAAGGUGUCGGCGGAGCGCGCCAGAGACGAAGGCAUCAAGAUCUUUGCUGUGGCGGCAACGAGGAACGUGGAGGAGACGGGGAUGCGAGAGAUCGCCAACGUGCCCACGGAGCUGUACCGCAGCUCCUUCGUGGCAGUGGACACGAGCGGCGCGUCGCCGACCAUCGUCGCCUCCACCAUCGACCGCAUCGUCAAGACCAUGAUCCAUCUGGCCUAUCAGGAGUGCUACAAACUCAAGUGCCUGGAAACUCCUGGUCCCCCGGGUCCGAAAGGUCACCGAGGUCAGAAGGGAGCGAAAGGAGAUACGGGUGACUCGGGACCAAAAGGUGAAAAAGGUCGCCAGGGUGACCCCGGUAUUGAAGGCACCAUCGGCUAUCCGGGCCGAAAAGGUGAACCCGGACUGAAAGGGGAGAAGGGUGAAAUUGGAUCUCCGGGCAAGAAGGGAGAAGGAGGUUUGCCAGGACGAAAUGGGACUGAUGGUCAGAAGGGAAAAAUUGGACGCAUUGGAGCACCUGGAUGCAAAGGAGACCCUGGUGAUAAGGGCCCGGAUGGCUACCCUGGGGAAGCGGGCACCGUGGGAUCCCCUGGCCCUGCCGGAGAAAAGGGAGAUCCCGGUCGUCCUGGGAGAGCAGGACCCUCCGGGCUACCUGGAGAUCCCGGUCCGAAGGGAGAGAGAGGAUCGCCUGGAUCACCUGGCUUCCCUGGCCAGAAAGGCCCUGCUGGAUCACCUGGGGCGCCGGGACCGAAAGGAGAGCCGGGUCGUAGGGGAGACUACGGGCCCAAGGGGAAAGAGGGAGCCGACGGGCCGAAAGGAGAGAAGGGAGAACCGGGACCAGAGGGACCAAGAGGGCUCCCAGGGGAGACUGGAAACAAGGGGGCAAAGGGCGACGCUGGCUUGCCGGGACCACGAGGACCUCCCGGCCUGCAGGGGGAGCCAGGGAGGAACGGUUCCCGUGGCGACCCCGGAGAGCCCGGACCAAGAGGGGAUUCCGGCCCACCCGGCCCUAAGGGCGACCUGGGACGACCUGGACUCAGCUACCCUGGACCACGAGGGCCCACAGGCGAUCGAGGAGACAAAGGGGCUCCUGGAGCCAGAGGAAGCCGUGGGGACUGUGGGCAAAAGGGCGAGCCGGGCAAUAAAGGGGCCCCCGGCGAACCGGGAGAGCCAGGACCUUCGGGAGAGCCGGGGCCGAGAGGACCGCGAGGAGACCCGGGCAGAGACGGGGACGUCGGUCCGGAAGGAGAUCCCGGCCUCACCGAGUGCGAUAUCAUGAGCUACAUCCGGGAGACGUGCGGCUGCUGCGACUGCGAGAAGCGCUGCGGGGCCCUCGACAUCGUCUUCGUGAUCGACAGCUCCGAGAGCGUGGGCCUCGCCAACUUCACCCUGGAGAAGAACUUUGUCAUCAACACCAUCAACCGGCUCGGCGCCAUCGCCGAGGACCCCGGCUCGGAGACGGGGACACGUGUCGGCGUGGUUCAGUACAGUCACAGCGGCACCUUCCAGGCCAUCAGACUCAACGACUCCAAGAUCGACUCCCUGGCCGCCUUCAAGGGGGCCGUCAAGAAGCUCGAGUGGAUCGCGGGGGGCACCUGGACGCCGUCGGCCCUCAAGUUCGCCUACGACAAUCUGAUCCGGGACAGCCGCAGGGCCAAGGCCAAAGUGACCGUGGUGGUGAUCACGGACGGGCGCUUCGAUCCGCGUGACGACGACUCUUUGCUCACGUACCUCUGCGACGACCCCAGCGUGGAUGUCAGCGCCAUCGGCAUCGGGGACAUGUUCUACCAGGUCGAGGAGAACGAGAGCCUCAAGUCCAUCGCCUGCCAGAAGCAGGAGCGGAUCAUGGGCAUGAGGCGUUUCGCUGACCUGGUGGCCGAAGAGUUCAUCGACAGGAUAGAGACGGUGUUGUGCCCAGACCCUGUGGUCGUGUGUCCGGACCUCCCGUGUAAAACAGAUGCGCUGCCCUCUUGGGAUGGGUCCCCCGGUUUCGAGGCCCUGGCGGAGGAGGGCGUCAGCACCCCCAUCCCCAGCACUCUGGCCAGCGUCACUCAGUUGCUCAGCUCCCUGAAGGCGGAGCCGCACCCCGAGAACUACGGCAGAGCCAUAGCGACCCUGGCCUACAGCGCUCAGCGCGCCAAGUUCGCCGCCGGAGGGGAGAGGCAGCAGUGGACCGAGGUGUUCAUAGAGGCGUUCAAAGUGGUUUACGGCGACCUCGUGGGGGACCCCGGCAAGGCUCUCGGCUUGUGCUAGAGGGUCUGCGGCACCCCCUCCCCUACCCCGACGCCACUGCCCGGUUAAUGCUCGCGCACCCCCCGCAUCCCCAGGGCCCCACAUGCAGUAGUGAAACACGCUUAUUCUCACCGUGACACACGUGUGACAGCAGAGGACGCGACCUCAGAUCCCCCAGCGCUCAGAGCCCAGCUUCGGACAACGUUGAACCUGCGAGACGAGACUUGUAGCUGUGAACCGAACCCUUGCGCAGUACAGGAUAUUCCAGGCCAAAAUGCUUUCUUUCUCGGGCACGCGCGUCACGGAAGACCAUGGACAUCGGACCGAGUUGGUGGCGCUUGGCAGGAACUGGCUGGCAAACAGUUCUGCGAUUUGCGCAGCUGGCGUUGGGUUCGCAGCUCAGCGUCCUUAUUUAUUCAGACGUCUUUCGGUAUAAAUACACACACACACAUAUAUGUUUAUAUUUAUACUACCUGGUCAUCAGUUGCUGCAGUCUGUGAACGAGUCAUACUUUGCGUGAAAAUAAUCUCCAUGUUAACAGUAGCGAAAGCGUAAUAUAUUCAUGCCGCUUCUGUAUAGAGAGUAAGAUAUUUUGUUUGGCACUUGGAAGAAAAAAGUGUUAGAGAUGUAAUCCUGUCAAGCAGUAGAUGUGUAUUUUGCUCAGAGAAGAGCGUGUUAUUAAUAGCACCACAUACGUGUGUUGUACCGGCACUGUGUUCCGGAGGAUCUGUACAUUUUCCUGGCUCUUUAUUAAAUAAAUGUUUUGCACACGAGCCCCCGUCUCCGUUUCCUGUGUGUAGACAGCGCCGAGCCGCAGCCGUCGGAGCCGUCGGAGCCGUCGGAGCCGCCGCCACUAACGCG